AUGGCGCCCCUUCACCGCCGCACAUAUCUGGAACCCGCUGUUAUCGGAAGCAUCGUUGGCCUCGGCUGUCUAGUAAUAGUAGGAGCAUUCUGCACGGUCAUCUUCUGUGUAAUGUGCAGAAAACAACGACAGCGCAAAAAGGCCCUACGCAAAAUGCAGGAAGACCAGUUGACACCGUUUGUGGGAUACCAAUAUACGGCGCCAGCAGGUGCGCAAAGCAACCCCCAAGGAGCGUUGCUACGUCCACAGCAACUCGAAAUCCAAGAGCAAUAUAGUGGACCUCAGGAAUUGCAAGGGAGUGGGAGACUGGGUCCUCUGCCUCCCCAGCAAAUUGACGGAUACGUCGCAGCGCCGACUUUUGACGACGACAGGCCACUCGAACUGCCUGCUGGCGUUGCAUAUCACGGCAUAGACGCCAAACGUGGAAUAUACAGAUGA